UCAAUGAUCCCUGUGUGCCACAUUGGAGUAUGCUCAUUGUUCCGAAACGUUUCUAAAAUUAACACUGCCCUCAUUGUCACCCGAGUUAAUCCCGGCGGUUGUCAAGAGUUCGGCCAUGUCAUCGCCUCGCCUUCCUCCUCCUGGAGGGACCGGCUUUUGUCUGUAUUGUGUCAUUACAGGGCGACCACCAACCACAAAGUGAAGGAGACGGUGGCCCUGGAGCUCAGCUACGUCAACUCCAACCUACAGCUUUUGAAAGAAGAACUGGAGGAGUUGAACAGCUCGGUGGACAUCUACCAAAACGAGAGUGAAGUGAUCAGCGUUCCCAUGAUUCCGCUGGGCUUGAAAGAGACGAAAGAUCUGGACCUGACUGAUCCGCUGAAGGAAAUCAUUGCGGAACAUUACGGGGAAGAUGGUUCUCUGUAUGAGAAGGAGAUCCGUGAGUUCAUGGACCUGAGACAGGCCAUGAGGACCCCCAGUCGCAGUGAGGCCGGCAUUGAGCUCCUAAUGGAGUAUUACAACCAGCUGUACUUCCUGGACAACCGCUUCCUACCACCCAGCCGGACGCUGGGUGUCUUCUUCCAUUGGUACGACUCUCUCACAGGGGUUCCUUCCUGCCAGCGGGCCCUGGCAUUUGAGAAGGGAAGCGUGCUGUUCAAUAUGGGAGCGCUGUACACCCAGAUCGGGGCCCGGCAGGAUCGCCUGUCAGUAGACGGAGUGGACACGGCUAUUGACGCUUUUCAGAAAGCUGCCGGAUGCUUCAAUUACUUGAAAGAAAACUUCUCGAACGCCCCGAGCCUGGACAUGAGCGCGGCCUCUCUGAACAUGCUGGUGCGGUUAAUGGUGGCCCAGGUCCAGGAGUGCAUCUUCGAGAAGUUCAGCCUGGAGGUCAAUCCAAACUCGUUUCUCUCGCAGGUCCAGAUGGCGCAGGAAGUGGCCAGGGUUGAAGACGUUUACUCGCUGGUAUACCGGACCAUGAUGCACCCUCCUGUGAAAGACUACGUCCCUUUCUCAUGGACCACCAUGGUGCGCGUUAAAGCCGAACAUUUCAAAGCACUUUCCCACUACUACGCGGCCAACGCCCUCUGCGACUUCACCACCUCGGCCGGCCUGGAACUCAUCGAACACGAGAAGGUUCUCCUGCAGUUCCACACCUCUCCACCGGAGGGCCCCUCCAUCAGCUGCCUGCUGCAAGACCAAGAGGAGCGCAGAAAGCUAGGUAAGGCUCACCUGAAGAAGGCUCUCAUGAAACACGAGGAGGCCAUGAGGAUCCACGGCCUGUGCAAGAUCCUCCGCAAGAUGGACAUCCUGCAGGAAGUGCUGGCCCUGGCACACAAGCGCUCGCUCGGCAAAUACUCCGACAUCGACCACGAGGAAGAUUUCUUCGAGACGGCGGAGGCUCCGGACAUCCAGCCAAAAACCCAUCAGAAGCCGGAGAUAAAAAAUCCGAUCUUCUCCAAGGUGAAAGUGACCGACAUGUUCCAGCGGCUGGGUCCGCUGUCCGUCUUUUCAGCAAAGCACAAGUGGCGGCCAGCGCAGAAGGUUCACCUUGAGCGGGAUGACGGUGGAUUCGGUUUCACCCUGAGAGGCGACUCUCCGGUGCUGAUUGCUGGCGUAGUUCCCGGGGGCUGCGCGGAUGGCGCUGGUGUGAAGGAAGGCGCAUACAUCGUCUCUGUGAAUGACACGGACUGCAGGUGGGCCAAACAUUCCGAGGUGGUCGCCUUGUUGAAGAAUACGGGAAAUGACGGAGCGGAUAUCGAGGUUGUCACCUUCCAGAGCGCCGACACUCAGAACACG